AUGGAAACAGUCCUCUGCUCGGACCCCACCGCCCUCCCGCAGCCUGGGACGACGAAGCCCUCGUGGGAGUCCCUCUCUUCCGUGAAGCAAUCCCACGCCCAGAUCCUCAAAUCCCCCCGCCGCCCCUCCCGCGACCUCGUCGCCAAGCUCGUCGCCGUCUACGGCAAGUUCGGGGACGUCAGCUCCGCCGUGCGGGCCUUCGCCGCAUCUCCAUGGCCACCGGACGCCUUCCUCUUCAACUCCCUCAUCCAAGCCCACGUCUGCAACUCACUCUUCCUCCGCUCCUUCAUCAUCUACAGGGAGAUGCUCGAUAAUGGCGUCGCUCCCAACCGAUACACCUUCCCACCGCUCUUCAAAGCGUGCUCUUGCGCGACCCAGUUGACCUGCGGGAAGCAGCUGCACGCCCACUCGACCAAGCGGGGCCUCACCGGAGACCCCUUCGUCGCCGCCGCCCUGGUCGACAUGUACAUGAAGAACGGAGAGGUCAACGGCGCACGCAGGAUGUUCGACGGAAUGAAGACACGAGAUGUCGUCUUAUGGAGCGCCCUGUUGGCUGGUUACUCCCAGAACGGGCUGCCGCAGGAGGCCCUGCAGGUUUACGAGCAGAUGCGCCGAGCUGGCGUCGCCGUCGACAACGUCGCGGUGGUCUCCGCCAUCGCCGCCUGCUCGCAGUUGCAGGAGCUCCAUCUGGGUAGCUCCAUCUGCUCUCCCUUAAUCCAUCAGAAUCUAUCCAGAAAAAAAAGAGAAAGAGAGAAUCAUUACCCAGUAAUUGGGCUAGGGCUAACCCCUAAGAUAGAGCAGGCGGAGGGCUGCAUUCAUUGGCGUUGAAGAGCGGCUUCGUUGCAGAAGUCGUCGUCGGAACCGCGCUCGUCGAUAUGUACGCAAGCUGCGGCGAGCUGCCGGCGGCGAAGCAGAUGUUCGGAGAAAUGCAUCACAAGGAUCUCGUCGCCUGGAACUGCCUGAUCAACUGGUGGGCCGAGAAGGGGCCGCCGCUGGAGGCAUUCAAACUGUUUGUGGAGAUGCAGAGGAGCCGCCGGCUGAAGCCCAAUGGCUCGAGCUUGGCGGGCCUUCUCCCCGCCAUUGCCCGGUGCGGCUCGCUCCAGCUGGGGAAGUCCUGUCAUGGCUUCAUGCUCCGCCGCAACUUCGGCUCGGACGAGUUCGUCGUGACAGCUUUAAUGGACGUGUACGCCAAGUCCGGCGACUUGGUCGUCGCCCGAAAGCUGUUCGACGGGAUAUGCAGUAGGAAUGUGAUCUCCUGGAGCGCCAUGAUCGCCGGUUGCGGAGCUCACGGCCGCGUGGAGGAGGCCCUCUCCCUGUUCGACGAGAUGCUCCGCAGGGGCAUCCGUCCCAAUCACAUCACGUACAUUGGGGUUCUCUCUGCGUGUGUCCAUGGCGGGUUUGUGGACGAGGGGAGACGCUACUUCCUCCAGAUGAUUGAACACCAUAGCAUCACCCCCAGCUUGCAGCACUACACGUGCAUGGUUGACCUCCUGGGCAGGGCCGGGCUGUUCGAGGAGGCAAGGGAGCUGAUAAGAGGAAUGCCUGCCGAGCCGCCUCCUGAGAUCUGGGGAGCUCUGAUGGGGGCCUGCAGAAUCCAUGGAAAUGUCAAACUGGGGAAAUAUGCGGCAGAGAAGCUGUUCGAGCUGAAGCCCGCUGACCCCGGAUUCUAUGUUCUGCUCUCCAACAUCUAUGCUGCCGCCCACAUGUGGUCGGAGGUGAGGAGGGUGAGGGGCUUGAUGAGGGAGCUGGGAUUGAGGAAACCAGUGGGAUGGAGCUCAGUGGAGAUCGGGUGCAGAAUCCACAGCUUUCUCUCGGGCGACAAGUCGCACCCGGAUUCUGAUGAGGUGUACGAGAGGCUGGGUGAGCUGAUCAGCAAGGCAAAGGAAACUGGGUAUGUGCCGAGGAAAGAGGUGGUGCUGCACGAUGUGGAGGAUGAUGUGAAGGAGAGCGUGUUGAGCAGCCACAGUGAGAAGUUGGCCAUGGCCUAUGGCUGGUCUAGGCUGAUGUCAGGGAAACCGAUCAGAAUCAUGAAGAAUCUCAGAACAUGCGAGGACUGCCACAGCUUUGCCAAGUUUGUCUCCACGGUCACUCACAGGGAGAUCAUCCUGCGAGACGCUGUCCGAUUCCAUCAUAUCAAAGAUGGGAUCUGUACGUGCUCUGAUUACUGGUGA